CCGCCAUCCCUUGUCUUGCCUUAUCCUACCAGGGGCCCUAUUUUCCCCCCCAUAAUGCAUUUUCCUGAUCCCCCUGCAAGCUCCUCUUCAGUGGUUGAGCAAAAAAUGAUUGACUAUGGCAUGCUUACACAGGAGGACAUUGAUAUACAAGUGUUCAGUAGUGAGCUGCCAAAUCUGGGGCCAAACUUCCAUUCCCCAGAAGCUCUUCUUGAUGCUAUUGACUAUUACAGCAUGUAUAGUGCAGGGCAUGCACUCCAGUAUGCCAUGGACAAGGCCCUUGAAGAGAUCCAGAGAGUGCAACAGGAGCUUACAGAUGACCCAGCAUGGGACCCCAUUGUGUCUGCAGACAUAGAUGAUGAGAUACCAGAUAUUGAUUUUGACAUUGAGGAGAACAUGGACUUUCCAGACACUGCUGCUGCUAACCCCCAGGAACAGUCUGAAGAUAAUUGA